ACUUCCUUCAUUUGCCUUGUCGCUCCUUCGGCCUUUGCUUCUCUUUCCCUCUCCUCACAAGACAGGAACGGCGACGGCACCAUGGUUCACGUUAAUUUCUAUAGGAACUAUGGGAAGACGUUCAAGAAGCCUCGUCGUCCAUACGAGAAGGAGCGUUUGGAUUCUGAGUUGAAGCUCGUCGGAGAAUACGGUCUCCGAUGUAAGAGAGAAUUGUGGAGGGUUCAAUACGCACUUAGCCGCAUCCGUAACGCUGCUAGGGAGCUGCUCACCCUUGAUGAGAAGAAUCCACGACGGAUCUUUGAGGGUGAAGCCCUUCUCCGCCGGAUGAACAGGUAUGGCCUUUUGGAUGAGAGCCAGAACAAGCUCGAUUAUGUUUUGGCUCUUACUGUGGAGAAUUUCCUCGAACGACGUCUCCAGACCCUCGUGUUCAAGUCUGGUAUGGCGAAGUCCAUUCACCACGCCAGAGUGCUUAUCAGGCAGAGGCAUAUCAGAGUUGGGAGGCAGGUGGUCAAUAUUCCAUCGUUCAUGGUUAGAAUGGACUCACAGAAGCAUAUUGAUUUCUCACUCACUAGCCCACUUGGAGGUGGUCGCCCUGGACGAGUGAAGAGAAGGAAUCAGAAGGCUGCUGCAAAGAAGGCUGCUGGUGGGGAUGGAGAAGAAGAGGACGAGGAUUAAGCUUAAUCUGUUUUCCCCUCGGCUUCUUGGCAAAACUCCUGAUUGAGAACUUAAAAUUUUUGAGGUACAUGAGUUAAAGUAUGGGUUUCUUCUUAUGUCAAAUACCAUAUUGAUUGUUGCUAUGAAGAAUUUUGUGUCGUUUAUUUAAAACUUUUCUGGUGAUGCUUGAUGGGUUGUUAGUUGUUACCUUUGAUUUUUGGCUCUUAGCAAAAAAAUCCUUUUUGUUA